GGCAAAGCCGUCCAGCCCCGACGCAGACUGCGAGCUGUUAAGGACACCUCUCAGAGACACCGUGGCUGGUGGCACCAUGACCUCCAAAGCCCGAGGGGCCUGCCCAGCAGAGCGCAACAGCUUUAUGGAGGAUGUCCUUGAGUAUUUCCGGGACACAGUGAACAGAGAAUAUCGGCAUCUCCUGCUGACUGAUGGUGAAGCCUGGGAGGGACUUGUGGCCAAGGCUGAUUUGUCCAGGGAUGAGGCGGAUACACUCCGUGAAGCUCUGAAGGAGCUUGCAGCAGACAUGACCAUAGAGGACAAAGAUAUGCUCCAAAAAGACCUGCAGAAGAGGAAGAUGUUUUGGAACAAGUUUCCUCAGGUCAAAGUGCUGCUUGAGGAACACAUAAGGAAGCUCCACGCCCUUGCAGAUGAGGUUGACAAGGUCCACAGGGACUGUACCAUCUCCCAUGUGGUGGCCAGCUCCACUGGCAUUGCCUCUGGCAUCCUGACCAUCCUUGGCCUGGCUCUGGCACCUGUGACAGCAGGGGUCAGUCUGGGACUCUCGGCAACUGGGUUGGGGCUGGGAACAGCAGCCGCUGUGACCAAUGUUUCCACCCACAUUGUGGAACGCUCAAACACCUUGUUAGCAAAAGCCCAAGCCAGCAGCCUGCUGUCAACCAAGGUGAACAUGGCAGAGGUGGGGAAGGAGGCUGUGAGUGAGAACAUGCCCAAAGUAAUUUCCUUAAUGUACAGAUUUUGCCAAGACAUAGAAAGCAUUGCAAAGACCAUCAAUGCCAUCAAGUUAGCCAAAGCCAGCCCUCGCUUAGUAGCCGAUGCCAACUGCCACAUGACCACUGGGCUGAUGCCGGCCCAAGGCAGGGAGCCUGUGCAGAAAGCUUUUGCAGGAACACCUCUAGCAAUGACCAAAGAAGACAGGAUCCUGGGUGCAGCCACUGCAUUUGAAUAUAUUCUGAAGGAAAUGUUCAGCAUCAUGGAAAACUCACAGCACUUGCAAGAGGGAGGAAAGGCAGAGUUGGCUGCAGAGCUGAGGCAGCAGGCCCAGGUGCUGGAGGAGCAGCUGGAGAAGCUCACCCAGCUCUAUGACAGUCUGCAGUGGGGCCAGGCCCAGUGACCCUCCAGAGCAGUGCAGAGGUCAGGGGACGUGUGCUGGGCAAAGGCGUGGGCUAAAUGAGACACUUUAUUAGAGGGAGAAAUAGGGUGAGAGAAACUCUGGCAACUGGGUGUUAAGGAGUUUGGCAUUUCUGGAGCUGAGCACCGCAAGGCAGGGGUUAAUGCAGGUGGCAAGAGGGUCAAGGGGGAGGCAGGAACGCCGCAGCCUGGGAUAAGGGGAGAGAGGGCACUUGGGAGGGUGGGGAAUGGGAAAAAAUCAUCCAUUUUGGACUAAAGAGAACACUGUGGAGUGAAGAGAGAGAGGCAUGCAGGAACAAGCCAUGAGAAGCCAGGAAAACCAAAGCAUUAGAAAUGGGAGGAAGCCAAGGCGAGUUCUUGGAAUCAGAAGAAACA